AUGAAUGCCCUCCACGUCAGCUUCGCUGUCUUGGUUCGCGCUGAAUCCGCCCAGCGCAAAAUUCUCCGCUCUCCACCACCUCCUGGGUCUAAGACACCCCGUUUGCCGACGCUCAUCAGGCUGGCAACGCGCCCCCGCUUUCAGCGCAGCGGCUCGAGCAACAAGCAGCAAAGGGAGAAACUGCGCAAGCCCAUUGCCUCGCUGGCCGACAUCAAGGUCGUCCAUGGCUCCGGAUGCCGCAUUCCUUGCGAAUGGUCUGCCGCCGCGAUCCCCGGUAUCCAGCCAUACGCCUACACGCUCCUCCCACUUGGCGUCGCUCAGAGGCGCAUGGAUAUCUCGCACCGCGCGUUUUUGCCUCCGGGACUCCUGGCUUGA